AUGUCCGCGCCGACGCCGCAGAAGCCCGUGAUCACCGACACGCUUCUCUUUCGGAUGAUGAAUCCCGAGCUGUACGUCGGGUAUAACAGGUGGAUAGCGGGCAUCGGGAGCGUCGUGUGCGCGGUCGCGAUAGCAAAGGUGGCGCACAUGAAGUACGAGCACGAGAACGAGAAGAAGGCGCACCCGGAGCGGUUCGCGCGCGCGGAGCGGGACGAGGACUACUGA